GACACCUUACAAAAAUAAGUAAAUAUUAUUGAUAGAUUCUUCGAUACAUAAACCUAGUCCUUGCUGCUACUUUUACGCUCAUCAGAAAAACCCCCAACUCCAAAACCCUAAUCCAUCUCUCUUUCUCUCUCACGCACCUUUUCCGGGUUUACAAUGGCCGACGCUGUGAUCUCUUUGGAAAAGGUUAAAGCCUUCUGGAGAUCUCAAGUUCAAGAUGAAGAUAAUUGGGCACUUAACACGAAAUUACUCCGUGCUGUAGGACUGUUUGCUGGUUCCAUUGUUUUGAUGCGGAAUUUUGGUGACCUCAUGGCUAUUUGAAGAUCAAUCAUGGAUUUCUAUCUAGUGAUUAUAUCAUAUGUGAUGCUCAGCAAAGUUUUUUGCUUUUUGAGACACUCAGUUUCUAAUCUAUGGAUGCUUUUGUAGAGACCAAAAGAAAUUAAAUUUUCUUACAAUAAUUUUGUUUCAAUAA